GGCAAUCCACAAAGUACUAAGGUACCUACUAUGUACUGUGCUGGACUCGAUAUUGAUGAUCAUAAAUUUCAUAGAGGCACUUAACUACGAUGAGCGAGAAUAAUCGAACUACCUCGAGAAAGCCAAAUACCGCUAGUGUCGAUGCAGAGCGCGCGCGUCUGCGGCGCAACCAGCGGAAUUCUAGAGCGAGGAAACAGGCAUACAUCCAAAAUCUAGAAAAGCAAUGGAAUGAAUGUUUGCGGUUAGGGGCCCGGGCCACCAUAGAGAUGCAGAAGGAGGCCAAGAGAGUUCAAGAAGAAAACAGGGUUCUCCGGACUCUACUCCAUAACCAAGGCCUCGACGAUGCGGCGAUCCAGCGUGCUAUCGAUGCUGCGAAACUCCCUGAACGAAGCAUGGACGAGACGCAGAAUUCGCAAGAUACUUCAAAGUCCGGCGCAUCGUUUAAUACUUGCAAUUUCUCACCCAUCCCUUGUUUACCGGCGUUGUCUCGGGUGGAAACACCACAACUUCCCCGGGGCCGAGAAGACAUUGUCCAGCCUCCGGCCCAACAUAAUUGCAUACCGGAUCUUCCCAAUCCAAAAGAUGUCUUCAACCUAGAAGUAAAUAUGAACGAUCAAAUGUAUCCGGAUAAUUUCGACUUUACAGAGAUAUUAUCCGACAAUCUCAUGGACUUCCCUUCUCUCAUAGAAGGUACUGAGUACAACCGCACUGAGUUUCUAUCGCAAGACGAAUAUUUCGCAGGGAGCUUGAACAAGCCUCCAGAAGCGUAAUAUCAUGCACAGCCCUAAUCAACUAUAAGGCAUACAGCAUACAACACGAAUGUAAUCAAGUUAUUACGUUGACAACAUUAACAAUUAAGCCCGUCCAUUAGGGGGCGAAUAGUCAAAGUCAUACGUCAUGUGGAGGUUGAAGUAACUAUCCUUAAAUCCACCAUUGGCGAAUACAUUUCAGCAUUGAAUCUUUUUAACAACCUAAUUCGUUAGUUCACAUGGUCUUCGGCCACUCGACAAUACACGGCCUCCUUAUUUUAUUAGACCCAAUGGUGUGGUUAGCUUAAUUAAUCUACCCUAAAUAUUCUUGCGCGUCUGAGAGCCCCUCCAUAUUCUAUCACGUCUUUUUGAGAUGAUUGAACUUCGCAAGUUGUAGUAAAAAGAGCUUUCCGGCAUAUCCUUCACCGAUCGCAAAGCAAGGUACAUAACUGGAACGCGUUCUCAUCUUACUGGCUCGUUCCCUGAUAGUGAUCAGAUGCGCAGUGUAGUAUGCACCUCAUACACUUGAAAUUAUCACUUGCGAUAGCGCGCAGGUACAUUGUUUUGCCUUUGCUCGUAAAUUUUAC